AUGAGUCUGUUAACACGAUUAGCAUUUAGAGUUGAAGUAUUGAAGAGAAUAAUUGCGGUUGUGCAAAGAAUUGCGAAAAAUAACUUGGCACUUCGAGAAGAUUGUGAAAAGCUUUAUGUUGAGAAUAAUGGAAUCUUUUUGCAAUUAAUUGAAAUGAUUGCCGAAUUUGAUCCAAUAAUGGAGGAACAUCUUCGGCGUGUUCAUUUUCAAGAACGAGAUAUUCAUUACACUUAUCUUGGGCCCAAAAUCCAAAAUGAAUUGAUACAAAUGUUGACAGCUGAAGUAAGAAGUUUAAUUGUUGCAAAAACUAAGCAUGCAAAAUAUUUCACUGUGAUACUUGAUUGCACUCCAGAUGCAAGUCACGAGGAACAAAUGUCCCUUGUAAUUAGAUGUGCGGAUGAUUCAGAAAAUGCAAUAGUGGUCGAAGAAUUUUGGAUUGGAUUUUUGAAAGUUAAUGAAACUUCUGGGCUUGGGCUUUUUAUAGAGCUUAAAAAUAUUUUGAGCAAUCUCGAACUUGCGAUUGACAUUAUAAGAGGUCAAGGAUAUGACAAUGGAUCUAAUAUGAAAGGCAAGCACAAAGGUGUACAAAAUAGAUUACUUGAAAUUAAUCCCAAAGCUUUCUACACUCCAUGUGGAUGCCACAGUCUUAAUCUCACACUAUGUGAUAUGAUCAUGUACAAGGUCUUACGGUCAAGCCAUUAUCACAACACACGAUGGGAAAGCUAUGUUGAAAGUGUGAAGCCCAUAAAAGACCAGACUUCAAAAAUACGAGAUGCUUUAAUUGAUUUGACAAACACUUCUUAUGACUCAAAAAUAAAGAGUGAAGCUGAGCGCUUGACACCAUUUGAACUUGAGAAUUUUGAAUUCCUAACCGGAAUGAUAAUUUGGUACAAGUUAUUAUAUGAGAUUAACAUUGUCGAUAAGUUUCUCCAAUCAGAAAAAAUGGAUAUCGAUGUUGCUAUCGGACAGUUAAAAGGGCUUAUUUCUUUUCUCCAAGAGUUUAGAGAAUCUAGAUUUGAUCAAGCCUUGGUUGAAGCCGAACAUAUUGCAAGUGAAAUGGGAAUUAAACCUAUUUUCCGAGAAAAACACAUCAUUCGGAGAAAGAGACAAUUUGAUGAUAUCAAUAGUGAAAAGUUGUUAAGACAUUCAUUACCCGGAGAAGCAAAAAGAGCGAUUGAUGUGCUGAAUUAUUUGAAAACAAUGGAUGGUUGUUAUCCAAAUUUCUAUAUCGCAUAUCGAGUUUUGCUGACUAUACCAGUUACUGUUGCAUCUGCGGAAAGAAGUUUUUUCCAAAUUGAAGUUGUUUAA